CUGACAACGAGGGGAGCGGGCGGAGGGGGCGCGGGUCCUGGCCGGCCCUGCCCUGCUCAGUUCCCCCGGGCGCCCCGACUGCAUGGUCGACCCCUGGGGGAGAAGAACCGGGAGAUCCCCCCCGGGCGCGGAGGGCACGGGGGGGAGGAGGAAGCCGCGGCCGGGACCCGAGUCCUUAGUCACCGGGUGCCGGCGGGAGGAAGGGGAAGAAAGGUGGCCGCCGGCUUGUAAACAAUAGCCCGGCUCGCGGCGCCCCGUGCCGCGCCGCCUUUGUUCCCAGUCCCGCCGCGGCUCCCGCCCGCUGCCGCUGCUCGGCGGGAGGAACCCGGGGGCUUCCCCCUUGCUGGCCGGCCGGCGCCGGGCGCAGCCCCAGAAACAGGAGGGAAAAACAUUGCUUUAAAGAAAUCUGGAUAUGAGUGCUCACACGCAAACUGUGGAGAAAGGACAGAACACGACACUCCUGUGCCAGGAAAGCUAUGUUUGCAGUGGGACAGAUGAAGCAAUCUUUGAGUGCGAUGAGUGCAGGAGUCUGCAGUGCCAGCGUUGUGAAGAAGAGCUGCAUCAGCCAGAAAGGUUGCGGAACCAUGAACGGACCCGUAUAAGACCUGGCCAUGUCCCGUACUGUGACUCCUGCAAAGGUGCCAAUGGGAACAUAAUGCAUGCCAGUAUGACAGGCUCAAGGCAGAUAGCAGCAGUGAGGUGCCAGGUGUGCAAAAUCAACCUCUGUGUGGAAUGUCAGAAGAGAACACAUGCUGGGGGGAACAGAAGGAAGCACCCUGUCACCGUUUACCAUGCUGGCAAAGCCCAAGAACAAGAAGAGGAGGAGGGGAUGGAUGAGGACACCAAGAGAAGGAAGAUGACAGAGAAAGUUGUGAGCUUCCUCUUGGUGGAUGAAACUGAGGAGAUUCAGUGUAAGGAAGGUUUCAUAUUUACCCUCUGCUGUGAAUCUCAGAGAUCUGGAGCUCUUGGGCAACAUGGAAGUGGAUACAGUUUUGGAAACAUGAGCCCUUUGCACAUACAACAGAAGGUAAGAAAUGAGGAAGACUUUAUUAAGAAACUGGACUGCAGUCCUGACCAGCACCUGAAGGUAGUGUCCAUCUUUGGGAACACAGGGGAUGGGAAGUCUCACACCCUUAACCAUACUUUCUUCUAUGGCCGGGAAGUCUUCAAGACAUCUCCUGCCCAGGAGUCUUGCACAGUUGGAGUCUGGGCAGCCUAUGACCCUGUCCGCAAAGUGGUGGUCAUUGAUACAGAGGGCCUCCUGGGGGCUACUGUUAACCUGAGCCAGAGAACACGGCUGCUGCUGAAGGUCCUGGCCAUCUCUGACCUUGUCAUCUACCGCACUCGUGCUGACAGGCUCCACAACGACCUCUUCAAAUUCCUUGGUGAUGCCUCGGAGGCUUAUUUAAAACACUUCACCAAGGAGCUAAAAGCUACCACAGCCCGCUGUGGCCUGGAUGUUCCUCUGUCAACUUUGGGUCCAGGUGUCAUCAUCUUUCAUGAGACUGUGUACACCAAGCUACUGGGCUCUGAUCAUCCUUCUGAGGUUCCUGAGAAGCUCAUUCAGGAUCGGUUUCGGAAGCUAAGCUGUUUUCCUGAGGCUUUCAGCUCAAUUCACUACAAGGGAACAAGGACAUACAAUCCUCCAACAGAUUUCUCUGGGCUUAGGCGAGCUGUGGAGCAGCAGCUGGAGAACAAUACUACUCGGUCACCCAGACAGCCCGGGGUUAUCUACAAAGCACUAAAAGCUCUAAGUGACCGGUUCAGUGGGGAAAUCCCUGAUGACCAGAUGGCUCACAGCUCUUUCUUUCCGGAUGAAUAUUUCACAUGCUCCUCUGUGUGCCUCAGCUGUGGGUGUGGCUGUAAGAAGAGCAUGAACCACACAAAGGAAGGAGUCCCUCAUGAAUCCAAAAGUCGAUGCAGAUAUUCUCACCAGUAUGAUAACAGAGUCUACACUUGUAAGGCCUGUUACGAACGAGGGAUGGAGGUCAGCGUGGUGCCAAAAACCUCUGCUUCCACGGAUUCCCCUUGGCUGGGCCUUGCCAAGUAUGCCUGGUCAGGGUACGUGAUCGAGUGCCCCAACUGUGGGGUGGUGUAUCGCAGCCGGCAGUACUGGUUUGGCAACCAAGACCCUGUGAACACUGUAGUGAGGACAGAAAUUGAGCAUGUCUGGCCAGGGACUGAUGGAUUUCUGAAAGACAACAACAAUGCAGCCCAGCGUUUGUUGGAUGGCAUGAAUUUCAUGGCUCAAUCAGUAUCUGAACUUAGCCUGGGACCCACAAAAGCUGUGACCUCCUGGUUGACAGAUCAGAUUGCCCCAGCUUACUGGAGACCCAACUCUCAGAUUCUGAGUUGUAAGAAGUGCAACACACCUUUCAAAGAUAACGACACAAAGCAUCACUGCCGGGCCUGUGGAGAGGGCUUUUGUGAUGGCUGUUCUUCCAAGACCCGUCCAGUGCCUGAGCGGGGCUGGGGACCAGCACCAGUGCGCGUGUGUGACAACUGCUAUGACAACAGGGGCAUCCAGUUAGAUGUGGCUGAACUGCCCUCAGAUGAGGAAGGAGGGACACUUAUUGCCAGGAAGGUGGGGGAAGCUGUGCAAAACACGCUUGGAGCAGUGGUGACAGCCAUGGACAUUCCCUUAGGUCUGGUAAAAGAUGCUGCCCGACCUGCAUACUGGGUACCAGAUCAUGAAAUCCUGCACUGCCACAAUUGCCGGAAGGAAUUCAGUAUCAAACUCUCCAAACACCACUGCCGGGCCUGUGGCCAGGGAUUCUGUGACGAGUGCUCACACGACCGCAGAGCGGUUCCCUCUCGCGGAUGGGAUCACCCAGUCCGAGUUUGCUUUAACUGCAAUAAAAAGCCUGGUGACCUUUAACCCCAGGCUGCUCUCCAGAUCUUUGCAAUUCCUUAUGUUCUCAGGGUUACAAAUGAAAAUAUCUGGUCUCCCUUUCACCUUCUAACCUGUUGCAGCCAGAGUGCAUGUUUCCAGUUUCUGGCCUCCUCUUGUGUUAUAUCCAUCUUGGAACGCUAGGAAUGAGCUUAUAUUCAGCCUCUAGGUUUUAAUUUCAAAUUAACUGGAAAAGGGAGGGAGCUCCCUUGUAAAUGAGCAACCCAAAAUCCACUGUAUUCCAAUUGAAACAUAUAUAUAUAUCUCAACUAUGUAUAAUUUAGUAUAUUAAGUAUAUGGUUGAAAAUGAAGCUUUGAGUAUUCCUAGUUCAAAUGAUGGAUGGUGGUGUUCCUUACUGUAUUGGAUCAGAAUUAUGGCCUUCUAAUUCUUCUUUUGGAAUGUCUUGCUGAUCGUGAUGUCUUGUGAGGAAGGUUUGGACUCUGUGCUGCCAGGAAUCUCCAGUGUUGAUGUAUGAACUAUACCUGGUAGUUCAACCAACUCUGCAUCUAGAGGUGCUGCCCUUCUGGCCAUGGAAGAUUGGUUUAGAUUUAUUAACAAGUUUGUUUGAACUGCGAUAUGAGCAAUGGUCUUGCAGUGCAAGAGGUAUCAAGUUAACACAGACUCCCUGGCAGAGACCGGUAGAUCUCUGAAAGGUAAAGCAAAUCCUGUGGCAGGAGGCAAAGGAUUCUGAUCUUGCCAUUUCAACUUCAUUACCAGAUCAAAAGGUAGCAGGGUUUUUCUCUCCCUGACAAUGUUUUUUCAUGUACUCAGGUUUUCUUCAAGUUUCUCUGCAAGAUCAUUGCAGUUAGAAGUUUUGUCUAGAGCAGAAGAAGAGAACAAGUUUUGUAGGCAAUUCUGAGAUACAAAGUUUGAGUUGUUUGGGCUGUGAUGACUUUCCUUUUCCCCCACUUUUCAAGAGAUUCUAUAGUCUCUGAAGCCUCUGUGUCCUGAAAUAUGGUUGCAUAGAAACUGCACAGAUUUGACUUACUUUCUUCUAAUAGUAUGAACUUACAAAUCAGCCUGGAAAAUGGGAACCUUUCUUCUUUGCUCCUAGCAACUGGCACUCACUGGACUUCAUCCUUUUUUGGAAGGACUGCAAUGAAUUCACAGAUUUUAUUAUGAAAAGCACCACUUAACCUAACUUACACUGUCAUGUACUGUGGAUUUGUGGUUCCACUUAUAAGAAGUAUGAAACUAUUGUGGAUUAAACUGCCUAUAAUUCUCCCUUCUUGGCUUACAUAGACAAAAAUUCUUUGACUACAUGGGAGUUGCCUCCUCUUGGAGUGGCUGGAGUUUAAUGCAGUGUCCUGCAACUGUGAUAUUUUUCCCCCAGCUUAUUAAAUGUGCUCUUGUGUGAUGAGAUGCCCAACGCCCUGUUUUAAGACUGUAUUAUUAAAUUAACUCCUAUAAAGAACUUUAUCUUCUGAA